AUGAGCCAUCUCUACGAUUCAUCUUCCAGCAGGCACACGGCAAAGAUAUCGUCCCCUCGAACCGCAUCCAGCGAUCGUAACUACACAAACUCACCAUCGCACUCGUCUUAUCAUUCUAGCGCAGCGAUGCAUGCGUAUCCGAACCACCCAUCGCCUUCAAGGCACAAAACCGAGCCUUCGGACACUUCGCCCAUCAAAGCCGAUGACGCCAGUGAGCAGCAUUCGUCCUCGUCAACUUCUGCAGCUGCAGCUGCCGCAUCGUCAUCCUCGAAAGCGAAAACAACCAAGGAGGAGACUAGAGAGGACAAAAAGGCAACGGCAAAGAGGCCACGCGAACAGUACAGCUGCGUAGAGUGCUUCCGCCGCAAGCAGAAAUGCGAUCGGCGCUUCCCCUGCAACAAUUGCAUCAAACGACGUCUGCCCGAACGGUGCGUCCCGCCCCCAUCUGCACGCAACCACCCGGAUUCUCCCACCCCAUCCGAUGGCGGUGGCAGCGUCACCCACCGCAACAGCCUGUCUCGCACUGCCUCGGAACUCCAACUCGCGUCCACCAACACCACUGGCGGCGGCGGAACCUACCCUCCAGUAGCCAAACGACAACGGCUCACCACCACUGACGACGCAGAUGCCAGCUGGGACGACCGCAAGAUCGACGACCUCGCACGCACCACGUCGAGGAUCGCGCGGCUCGAACGCAUCCUCGCCCUAAACGAUGCGUCAUAUCUCGAGCAGCGCCUGGCGCUCGCUGAAAAGGCGGUGCGGUUGAGGCUGGGCGAAGAGGGCAACGGCUCGCGUGGGAACGACUUUGGCGCCCCCGCGGACCACCAGCUGCUGUCGAGAAGAUCGAGUUACGUGGCCGAAGAAAACGAGACGGAUCGACACCCCGAUGGACACUUGGACGACAAUGAUGGUUUCCUAGGCACGUCGGCGCUCGAAGCCGUGCCGCUGCAACUCAAGAACGGUCUGCCACCAUCUCACAGCAAAGCCGGGUCGGGAGAUGUGGCCCCCCAGGCGCUACUGUCGUACAUUCACCCGAAUCCGACACGUAGAGGCUUCCCCAUCCCCUCUGCCGACGUACAGGCGAUUCGAGCGACGCUCCCCUCGCGCGACCAGUGCGAACGCUACUUUGACGCCUACUUUGCGCAUUACAACUGGGCACGUCUCCCGCUGCACGAGGCGACGCUGCGCGAUCGGUUUCGACAGUUCGUUGCCGGUGUGCCCAGCCCCUCGGACGUGCGCAUGGACGCAGAGACGCUGCCCUUUGUCGCACUCGUGCUGGCAAUCAUGACGCUUGGGUCAGUGCCCCCGAUCGUGCAGCCGCUGUCGUCUGCUACGUCGCAUGCGUUCUUUUGGGCGACCAAGAAGGCGCUCGUGCUAUGCGAGACGCUUGGACUGGCGAGCUUGGAUUCGUGCUGGGCUCAUGGGGUGUUGGUGCGCUACUUGGAUGUCAUUCGUGUCACGCGCGCCAGUUGGCACGAGAUCGGGUCUUGGAUCCGAGACGCUUUGGAUUUGGGCCUCCAUCGCGAUGGCAGCUCGUUUGGGCUACCCAAGGAGCAGGUCGCCGCACGCAGGAUCCUCUGGUCGCACGUCAUUCACAACGACCGCGAAUGGAGCAUCAUCCUUGGCCGCCCUCUCACCAUCACCUUCUUCACCACAGAGAUGCCGACGCGCGAAGACAUGGAGCCGCUCGGUUUUGCGUGCCAGACCUAUCUGCUGGCGCGCAACCGGUUCACAGCGUGUCUCGAGUCGAUUACGCACUGCUUCGAAGAGCGUUCGGCCGGUCGUGGGCCAUCGGGCCGCACAUCGAGGGCGUACUACCGCGUGCUCGAGGUGGAAGACAUGAUCGCUGAGUUUGUCGACUCGCUCCCGCCCUACUUGGCACCGAGCUGGUCGAGCUCGGGCAAGUCCAAAACUGAUACGAGUCUGGACCAGGACCAUCCGCUUCUGCCGUUCUACCGCUACCUCAUCUUGGGCGAAGUAUGCUUCUACCGCUCCUUGCUGCACAGGCCGUAUCUACUGCGUCCGGCGAGCAACGGCAAGCAUCCGUUCCCGGAAAGUCGGCGCGUCUGUGUCGAGACGGCGCUCAACGACCUGCGACUGCGCAAGGAGUACGCGCGGGUGCUGGGCAAGGAGCAGCUGGCACAGUCGUUCGGCGGCGCUUACGCGCUGUUCAACUCGGCCAUCGUCGUGGGCAUGUCGUUGCUCAUCGGGUUCAGCUUGGGCGAGCGCAUCGACACGGCGGAUCUCAACGAGCGCAUUGGGUACCUGCAGAACUUUAUCACUCAAUUGAGGCGCAACUUCGAUGCAGGUAAUGUGGAUGCGUCGGCCGAGCGCGAGCAGAUGGUUAUCGAGGUACUUGUGUCGCGGUUGGAGCCGUUCUUGCCCAGGGAUCUGGCCAAGAAGAGUCGAGGGGAGUUGGCGGCAGCGAAGGGUUCGAUGCGGGCGACCAUGAUGCAGGAUCCGCUCAGGAGGAGUCAGGCGGCUGCUGCGGCGUCGGCGGCGAGGGUGGAGCAGGAGAAGCAGGCGGCGGAUUCACUGAGGUUGCUCUCGACCAGUCUGCCCGGUACGCCGACCAUGUCAAAUAACAAUACCAGCGGAGGUGGCGCUGUUGGCAGCCAUCCUCUGGCAAACUCAGCCUCGUCGACCUCAUCGGCACUGCCAAAUUUGCCACCUUCGCAUCAUCUUGCGACUGGCUCGCCGACAUCGAUGGGUGGCAUAGGCCCCUUUGACAACGCUAGCGGAUCUUUCGCGUCUAUGGCAGCCAUGGGCGGUGGUGGAGCAGCACCGAGCGGCGCGAGUGGAUCGACAGCCAAUCCGAUCGACCCGUACGGCUGGCUGCUCACCCCGACUGCUCUCGAGUCGCCAGACACCAAGGCAAGCUCAGCGGCCAACAGCGCUGCACACACGCCAAUCGUCUCCGGUAGCGGCAGCGGCAGCAAGAUUGGCGCUACUCCUCCCUCCACCGCCACCAACCCUGCUGGCAUGCAUCCAGGUGCUGGAGGGUCCACCGCUCAGCCCAUGCGUCACCACAACAUCGGGCCUUCUCACGGUAUGGGUGGCAGCCAAGGGCAUAAUCACUUCCUUGGUGCUUCACCGGGUCAGUUUGGCGCAGGGUUCGCUGUUCCGGGCAAUACAGCGGAGGGACAGGCCAUGUUUGACUGGGAGGGGAUCUUGCAGACCAUCGGAUCCGGCUGGACGGGCGAUGGCACGCUCGAGACGGGAAUGGAGAGUCUAUUUGGUUGA